UUAAUUAUGGCCCAAAUUUAUUCUAUGGAUAAAGCUCAAAAACCCCAGCAAGCAAAAACAGAGUCUGAAACCCUACUUUCACUUAAAAACCUUCUACGGCAUGUUCUUGUUGUAGCGGGUGGGAGACUGUAGAACAAACACACCCGAAAAUGAACCUUGCAGUCCCUCACAAACCGAAUCCACUUCUCUAUCCUUCAACACUACUGGUCCAAACUAGUCAAAAUCCUAUUUUUUUACAGUUUACCCCGAGGUGCAAACCCAGAGUUUCCCGACAAAAACCCAUUUUUAGAAUCUAUUCCUCUGCUAAUCCAAAUGGCUCUGAUGGGUUGUCUUGGCCUAGUCUGACUCGGGCUUUUCGGCUCGGCUCGGAGCGAUUUUUGCUCAAACUUCGCGAGUCAGUGAACAGGGAAACUGGGUUUAAUAUGGACUGGGUUAAUGUGAAGAUGGGUGAAUUUUUGGAGCUUGCUAAGGAUCGGGCCAAGAAGGGUGAGGCAGAGUUGAAUCGCUUUAGGACCGAGUUGUUGCCCGAGUUUGGUAAUUGGAAUAGGUGGGAGCGUUGGAAGGAUAUAAAGAAUUGGGAGCCUAAACGAGUUGGUGUAUUGGUUCUCUAUGUUUUUUUUAUGAUUUUUUCUUGUCAAAGAAUGUAUAUUGCUAUUCGAGCUCCUUACUUGGAUCGAGAAAGAAGAGAAUUGACAGAGGCUUAUAUGGAGGCAUUGAUUCCUGAGCCAUCUCCUAUAAAUAUUAGAAGGUUUAAGAAGGGUAUGUGGAGGAAGUUAACACCUAAAGGUUUGAAAGUGAAGAAGUUUGUUGAAGGGCCUGAUGGAACACUGGUUCAAGAUACUGCCUAUGUUGGAGAAGAUGCAUGGGAUGAUGAUCCACUGCCGCCUCAGGAGAGUGUGAAGCAGGUUAUUGACGAGAAUGUGAGAUUAAAUCCAGAAGAAAAGAAAGAAUUGAAAGAAGAUUUGGGCAUUUCAGGUGCAACUCAAGAAAGUAAAGGAACUUGGCGUGAAAGGCUUCAAACAUGGAAAGAAAUACUAAGAAAUGAUAAGUUAGCUGAGGAAUUAGAUGCUUCAAAUGCCAAAUAUGUUGUUGAAUUUGACAUGAAAGAGGUUGAAAAUAGUCUUCGUAAGGAUUUGGUGGAAAAGGUCAGAGACACACAGGGAGCUAGGGCCUUGUGGAUAUCUAAGAGAUGGUGGCGUUAUCGUCCCAAACUUCCAUAUACUUAUUUUCUUCAAAAGCUUGAUUGCUCCGAGGUUGCUGCUGUUGUUUUCACAGAGGACCUAAAAAGACUAUAUGUAACUAUGAAAGAAGGUUUUCCAUUAGAAUAUGUUGUUGACAUUCCCCUUGAUCCACACUUGUUCGAGAUAAUUUCAAGUUCUGGAGUUGAAGUAGAUCUCCUUCAGAAGCGACAAAUCCAUUAUUUUUUGAAAGUUGUGACUGCAUUGUUGCCUGGAUUACUUAUACUGUGGCUUAUAAGGGAGUCUGUUAUGUUAUUACACAUCACUUCUAAUCGUUUUCUUUACAAGAAGUAUAAUCAACUUUUUGACAUGGCAUAUGCGGAAAAUUUUAUCCUGCCAGUUGGAGAUUUUGGUGAAACAAAAUCAAUGUAUAAGGAAGUGAUACUUGGAGGCGAUGUCUGGGAUCUUCUUGAUGAAAUAAUGAUCUAUAUGGGCAAUCCCAUGCAAUACUAUGAAAAAGGGGUUAAGUUUGUUCGGGGUGUUCUUCUCUCGGGACCUCCUGGAACAGGGAAGACACUUUUUGCUCGGACACUUGCAAAGGAAAGUGGAUUGCCUUUUGUUUUUGCUUCUGGUGCGGAGUUUACAGAUAGUGAAAAAAGCGGUGCAGCAAGGAUCAAUGAGAUGUUUUCCAUUGCUAGAAGAAAUAUAUUGGAUAUUACGUACAACUUACUGAACUCUGGGAAGGUAAAGGUUUUAGUUGGUUACACACUCUCCAUGCAGGCUCCUUCUUUUGUGUUUGUGGAUGAAAUUGAUGCCAUUGCUGGAAGACAUGCAAGGAAGGACCCACGAAGAAGGGCAACAUUUGAGGCUCUGAUUGCGCAGCUUGAUGGGGAGAAGGAAAAAACAGGUGUAGAUCGGUUUUCACUUAGACAAGCUGUGAUAUUCAUUUGUGCCACCAAUAGGCCGGAUGAAUUGGACCUGGAAUUUGUUCGUCCUGGACGCAUUGAUCGUCGAUUGUACAUUGGCUUGCCUGAUGCAAAGCAAAGAGUUCAAAUUUUUGGUGUUCAUAGUGCAGGAAAGCAACUUGCGGAUGAUGUAGAUUUUGGAAAGCUUGUCUUCCGUACUGUUGGCUUCUCUGGAGCAGAUAUUAGGAAUCUUGUCAAUGAAGCUGCAAUCAUGGCUGUAAGGAAAGGACAUUCCAGGAUCUACCAGGAAGACAUUGUUGAUGUUUUAGAUAAACAAUUGCUCGAGGGCAUGGGUGUACUUCUUACAGAAGAAGAACAGCAGAAAUGUGAAGAAAGUGUGUCAUUUGAAAAGAAGAGACUUCUGGCUGUACAUGAAGCUGGUCACAUAUUAUUAUCUCACUUGUUUCCACACUUUGAUUGGCAUGCAUUUUCUCAGCUCCUGCCUGGGGGCAAGGAAACUGCAAUAUCUGUUUUCUAUCCCAGAGAAGAUAUGAUAGACCAAGGCUAUACAACCUUUGGCUACAUGAAGAUGCAAAUGGUGGUAGCUCAUGGUGGACGUUGUGCUGAACAUCUUGUAUUUGGUGAUGACGUUACUGAUGGAGGCAGUGACGACCUUGAAAAGAUAACAAAGAUUGCUAGGGAGAUGGUAAUCAGCCCUCAAAAUGCAAGUUUGGGCCUUACUGCUCUAACAAAAAGAGUUGGACUCAGAGAUCGACCUGACAGCCCAGAAAGCGGGUUGAUAAAGUAUAAGUGGGAUGAUCCUCAUGUGAUUCCUGCGAACAUGACACUUGAAGUAUCCGAGCUAUUUACCCGAGAGUUGACAAGGUAUAUCAAAGAGACAGAAGAUCUUGCAAUGAGAGGACUGAGGGACAAUAUACACAUACUGGAUGUGAUUACAAAGGCGCUGUUGGAGAAGUCAAGAAUAACUGGAUUGGAAGUUGAGGAGAUAAUGAAGGGGCUUUCUCCAAUGAUGUUUGAAGAUUUUGUAAAGCCAUUCCAGAUAGACUUGAAAGAGGAGGGACCAUUGUCUCAUAAUGACAAGUUGCGAUAUCAACCUUUAGAUGUAUAUCCUGCCCCACUCCAUCGAUGUUGAUGAAUUUGUGAUAAGAACCUUUGGAUAUAUUUUCAUCACCAGUCCAUCAAUGUUGAAGGUCCUAGGAUUUGGACGCCAUAAUCUUAAUCCUUUGCAUGCAAAUUUUGCACCAAGAUUUCCGAAAAGAUAUUUAGGAACUGGAAAAUAGGAAGCCAUGCAACACAGUCUUCUUGCCAGAGUCCAUUUGCCUUUCGAAAAAUGAUUUCCAUGCAAGGAAGUUUGUAGCCAGGCUAUACUCAGUUUGUUAAAGGCAACAGUGCUUCAUUGGGGUUUGCCUCGAGUACUUCGACCUUGGGAAGGAAAUCUCGCUUCAACAAGCAUGGCUUUGAAUCCUGAUAUGGAAUCCAACAGCAUGCCUUUUGCCAGUUUUGUCCCAACAAUGACAAUUUUGUUCUUUGUUGAUUGAUAUUGCGGGAAUAUGGUAAUGUUCUCAAAUGUUUGCUGUCUAUUGUAGCAUGAAUGUAUAAAAUCAAAUCUGUACAACAGUUUCAUGUGCUGAAAUAGAAGGGAUAGAUUUCCUAAAAA